AUGCCUACAACUGAAGGAGCCCCCGGCCAUGGCAAUGUGGCCCAUCUACUUCCACCCUCGUGGAAGCGUAGCGUGACAGCGUGGCUCGACGAGGAUACUCCAUCCUUCGACUAUGGAGGAUUCGUCGUCGGCGAGUCACCUGCGGAAGCUCGAUUGCUAGCAAAAUCCCAGGGUGUCCUUGCUGGCGUCCCAUUUUUCGAUGAGGUCUUCCGGCAGCUCGACUGCACGGUCGAGUGGCGUGCCAAGGAAGGCGAUGAGGUAGGGAAGCAGAAGGGUGAGAAGCAGCAUGUUGCAACAGUACGAGGGCCGACUAGGAAUGUGCUUCUUGGUGAACGUGUGGCACUCAAUCUGCUGGCGAGAUGUUCGGGCAUAGCGACGAAGAGUGCGGGUCUACUGGGCCUGCUACGGAAUGCUGGAUACAAGAACACUUUGGCAGGCACGAGGAAGACGACACCAGGCUUUAGACUGGUAGAGAAGUAUGGCAUGCUAGUGGGAGGAUGCGAUCCGCAUAGACAAGAUCUGAGCGCUAUGACAAUGCUCAAGGACAAUCACAUCUGGGCUUGUGGCGGCAGCAUCCCAACAGCAGUCAAGGCAGCCAAAGCAGCAGGAGGAUUUGCAGUCAAGGUCGAGGUGGAAUGCCAAUCUGAACAAGAAGCUGAUGCAGCCAUCGAGGCUGGUGCGGAUGUGGUCAUGCUAGACAACUUCACCCCCGAAGGUGUACGGAAGGCGAGUGGAUUGACGGAGGAGAACGUGGCUGACUAUGUGUGUGAUGACAUUGACGUUAUAAGCUCGUCGAGUAUCCAUCAGGGUACGAAGCACGUUGACUUCUCGCUGAAGGUCGUGCCGAAGGAAAAAGACGCGAAUGGGAAGCUCGGCGGUGACGAGAGCAAGGACGUGUGA